AUGAACUCGCUACAAUCAUUGAUCAUUAAUACACGAAAUAAUAACAAACGAGCAUCACUUGCAAUGCCUGUUCAAUCAAAUAGUUUUAUCAAAUCAUUCCCUAUUGUCAAUGAUUAUUUUGUCAAAUUUUAUACAUCAAAUCAUUGUUCAAUGUUCGAUGAACAUUUAAACUGUAUCAAUCGUCAAUAUCAUAGAAGAAAAGAUGAUCAUCAAUAUCGUCGUCCUUUGGUCGUUAACAACACUUCAUCGAAUUUUCGAUCCACUAUUCUCACCAACAAUUAUCAUCACUAUAUGAAACGUUAUCAACAUCAUAUAUCAAAUUUGUCCUCGUCGAAACAACAAAUGAUGAUCGGCGUUGACCCUAAGCAUUCUAUAGAACUUAUGCAACAACAACAACAAGAACAAACGACGUUGUCAUCUUCAUUUGUCAAUCAUCUGAAGUCCUCUAUUACAGCAGAUUCUUGUUCUGGUAUUUAUGAUAAUAAUAAUCAUUAUCAUCAUCAAAAAAAAAUUAUUUCAUCAUCACGAAUUAGACUUGGCCUACGUUGUUUAUGUCCAUUCAAUGACAAGCAAAGGCAAUUAUUCGAUGAGAUAUUCUCUAAUAAUGAACAGACAACGAACAUUAGUGAACGUAUACUUGACGAAUUUCAUCAACUUCAAACUGUAAUUCUAUCAUCAUCAUUUAUACGCUUAGAUAAUUUUGUUAAUAAUAAUCAAGAUAAAGAUUUAAUUCUUCGUAUUAGUGUACAAAAAUUUUUAAAUCAUAAAACAUCGGAAAUAAAUUAUUUAUUAUCAACAAAAGAUUCUUUGGUUUCAUCUCAAAAUGAAACAUGUCAAUAUUUAAAUAAUCUUUGUUCAAAUCAUCGAUAUAAUCCAUUAUUAAUUACAUUUCAUCUUAUAUAUCGUUCAACAAAUACAAAUCAAGCACAAUUUCAUAUACUUUUUACCAAUGAUAAUGAUAAUGAAAUAGGAAACGAACAAUUUUCUGAUAUUUUUAUGUCAUUAGCAUUAUCAUUCUCGUCAAAUAGACAGAAACAAUCAUAUAAUACAUUGAAAAAGCGUAAUCUAACGAUCGAACAAUCAUUAUCAUCAUUAUUACGUCGAUAUAUAUUAAAUAAUAUAGAACAAUAUUCAGAAAAUUUUUUAUAUUUAUUUGCAAAUGUUAAAAAUGAUAAACAAUUAAAAUAUUGGAUGAAAAUUCAACGUCUAUUUCGAAUAAAACAACAUCGAUCGAAAAUGUCUCAAGAUCGUACUGAUUCAUCAUCUGUUGAAACAGUCAUAAAUCAUAAUAAUGAAGAAAUAUGGAUUGAUGGUCCAUUAAGUUCAAUAAAUUCAAAAAAAACUGAAAUAUGGAUUGAUGGUCCAUUUGAAUAUCAUUCUCCAAUAAAUAAAUAUCAUCGUAAAAAAUCAAAAUCAAAAAUACAUUCAAAAUCAAUUCGUCAACAUACAUCUAAAUCUAAAAAUUCUAUUCUUUUAUCAAAACCAUCAUUUCUAUCAUCAACAAUUAUAGAAAAAGAUAAUGAUGAAUCAUCAUCAAUAACAAAUUUUGAUAAUGAAUCAAUAAUUAGUUCACAUUGUCAUUUACCUGUAUUACCAGUAUUUAAAGAUCAUACAUUAAUACCAUUUCGUUCGAAUGAAUUAUUCGAUAUAAAAAAAUCAUUAAAAAAUGAUUUUAAAUCUAGUACAAAUAAAUUAAAUGAUGAUAUGGAAAUAUUAGAAAAAACACUUGAAACAUUAUUAAUUCCAUCAUCAAUUAAUAAUGAUAAACAACAAUCCAUAAUAUCUCAAUCAUUAAAUCAUAUUGAUCAAUUAUCAUCAUAUAUGUCAAAUGAUGAAAAAACUAAACGUUUAUCAAGAAUUAUUUCUCCAACACGUUUUAAUCAAGUAUUUAAUAAUAAUCAAUUAUCAGAAAAUCUUCAUUAUUCAUCAAUCGGUUUAUCAGUACCAAAUUCACCUGUGAUUAAAUCUCAAAAUCGUCAAUCACGAACACCAUUAAACUCAAUACCAAAUACGCCUCAUCAUUUAUUACCAUUAUCAUCAUCAUCAACAAUAAAAAAAUCGAAAAAUCUUUCCGAAUCAAAUCGUCCAACACGUCCAUCAAUUUUUCAACGUUUAUUUGGUUUACGUUCAUCAUCAAUUCCACCACAAUCAUUAAUACCAACUGUUAUUGAAUCUUCACCAUUAAUAUCACCAUUAACAGUUACAUUAGAUUCACAUGAUGAUCUAAUGCCAUUAACAACAAGUAGUACAGCAUCAUCAGCAUCGGGACGUGCUAGUUCAAGUGGUUAUGAAUCUAUGAGUAAUACAACAUUUGAAGAAAUGAUUUCAUCAAUACCAAUUAUUAUGAAUAAUGAAAAUAAUUCAAUUAAAUUAAGAAAUAAAUCAAUACGAAAAGAUGAACGACGUUCAAAUCCUAAUACAUCAUGGAAUAGUCCAAUUCUUCGUGAUAAAUCUCAUCGUCAACAACGUAUAUCACAAUUAAAACAUCGUCAAAAUGAAUUAAAACUUGAAUUAGCAAUGACAAAAACAUUUUUACUAAUGGAUAAAAAUAAAAAUUUUGAAUAUAAUGAUUCUUUUAAUUCCACAAUAAAUAAUAAUCCAAUCCAUACAAUUAUGUCAAAUACAAAUGAAGAAGAGGAACUUGAAAGAGACAUUGAACAUUUAGAAAGACGUUUAGCAUCAGCUAAAUCACAAUUAAAUCAUAGUACAUAUAAAAAAAAAUAA